AUGUUGGCAACACGACAGGCCCUCGUGGGUGCCCAGCGGCGAGCUGCUGCUUCGCUGGGUAUUCGUAGAAUGGCCACAGUGAGCGAUUCUCCUCUCGAUAAGAAAGUGAGGCAGAACAACCAGGAGCCAAACAACUUUAUCAACUACAAGAAGAUGUCAGAGAACCUUGCGAUUGUGCGCCAGAGACUUAAUCGUCCUCUGACCUUCGCCGAAAAGAUCCUUUACUCCCAUCUCGACGACCCUCACGGACAAGAGAUUGAGCGUGGAUCCUCAUACCUCAAGCUCCGCCCGGAUCGAGUAGCUUGUCAAGAUGCCACCGCUCAGAUGGCUAUUCUCCAAUUCAUGUCUGCUGGCAUGCCUUCAGUCGCCAAUCCUACAACCGUACACUGUGAUCAUUUGAUUGAGGCACAAGUUGGUGGUGCUAAGGAUUUGGCUCGCGCUCAAGACAUCAACAAGGAGGUUUACGACUUUCUUUCUACAUCUUGCGCAAAAUACAACAUUGGUUUCUGGAGACCUGGUUCCGGUAUCAUCCACCAAAUUCUCCUUGAAAACUACGCUUUCCCAGGUGGUCUGUUGAUUGGUACCGAUUCUCACACUCCUAACGCUGGAGGUCUCGGAAUGUGCGCCAUUGGUGUCGGUGGAGCCGAUGCAGUUGAUGUUAUGGCCAACCUUCCUUGGGAAUUGAAGGCACCAAAGGUUAUUGGUGUUAAGCUCACUGGCCGGAUGUCUGGGUGGACAGCACCAAAGGGCAAGUCACGGUUCCGUCGCAAUAUCAUCCUUAAGGUUGCUGGUAUCUUGACUGUCAAGGGUGGAACUGGAGCAAUUGUGGAGUAUUUCGGCAAGUGCCCCGGUACCGAGACACUCUCUGCCACAGGAAUGGGAACGAUUUGCAACAUGGGAGCUGAAAUUGGUGCUACCACUUCCCUCUUCCCGUUCAACGACCGCAUGUACGACUACCUCGCAGCCACCAAGCGUUCAGAAAUCGGAGACUUCUCUCGUGUCUACGCAAAGGAGCUUAGAGAAGAUGAGGGCGCCGAGUACGAUCAAGUCAUUGAGAUCAAUCUCAGUGAGCUAGAGCCCCACAUCAACGGACCUUUCACUCCAGAUCUCGCAACCCCAAUUUCCAAGUUCAGCGAAGCCGUCAAAGCCAACAACUGGCCAGAGGAAUUGAAAGUCGGUCUUAUCGGCUCAUGCACGAACUCCUCAUACGAGGAUAUGAGCCGCGCCGCCUCUAUCGCCCGAGAUGCACUCGAUCAUGGUAUCAAAGCAAAGGCUCUUUUCACUGUUACGCCAGGUUCCGAACAGAUCAGGGCCACUAUUGAAAGAGAUGGUCAACUUCAAACUUUGGAAGAAUUUGGUGGAAUGGUUCUCGCUAACGCCUGUGGACCAUGUAUUGGUCAAUGGGACCGAAAGGACGUCAAGAAGGGAACCGCCAAUUCCAUCAUUUCCUCAUACAACCGAAACUUCACUGGACGUAACGAUGCCAACCCUGCCACCCACUCUUUCGUCACCUCUCCAGAUCUCGUCGUUGCAAUGACCAUUGCAGGAUCGCUCCACUUCAACCCUCUCACCGACAAGCUAAAGGACAAGGACGGAAAUGAGUUCCUUUUGGCUGAGCCAACUGGUGCUGGUCUCCCAGAUCGCGGAUAUGACCCAGGACAAGACACCUACCAAGCCCCUCCAGCUAAGCGCGACGCUGUCAGCGUUGCUGUUUCGCCUACAAGUGAUCGUCUGCAACUCCUCCAACCUUUCAAGGCAUGGGACGGAAAGGAUUUCACUGACAUCCCAAUUCUUAUCAAGUGCCAAGGAAAGACUACCACUGAUCACAUCUCUAUGGCAGGACCUUGGCUCAAGUACAGAGGUCACUUGGACAACAUCUCAAACAACAUGUUGAUUGGUGCAACCAAUGCUGAGAACGGUGAGGCCAACAAGGUCAAGAACUUCACCACCGGCGAAUAUGAUGCCGUGCCAGCAACUGCGAGAGACUACAAGAAAAAGAACAUCCCAUGGGUUGUUAUUGGUGACUGGAAUUACGGAGAAGGUUCUUCUCGAGAGCACGCUGCUCUCGAGCCAAGACAUCUCGGAGGUAUCGCUAUCAUCACUCGCUCAUUUGCCCGAAUUCACGAGACAAACUUGAAGAAGCAGGGUAUGCUUCCUCUCACUUUCUCCGACCCUGCAGAUUAUGACAAGAUUCAACCAUUUGACAAGGUUGAUCUUCUCGCAACUGAAAUUGCUGUCGGAAAACCAAUGACCCUCAAGGUCCACCCAGCUGACGGAGGUGCCGCCUUCGAUGUCAAGCUUUCUCACACUUUCAACGCUCCUCAGAUUGAAUGGUUCAAGAACGGUAGCGCACUUAACACCAUGGCGAAGGCCAAUGCUUAA